AUGACCACUGACACUGCUGAAAAAGAAGUUACAACUACAUCCCCUAUUGAGCUCGAAAAGAAAAAUACAGAAACGACUGACGACAAAACGACUCAAGCUCCCCCCGUUCCUUCUAAAGAUAAAGAUGAAGUACCACCGGUUGAACCCACUGAAACAGCUAAACCUACUGCAAAUGACUUAAUUCUUAAGGGUAUGUUGGAAAAACGUGCUCCUCCAGGAAGUUUUAUGAGAAAUUGGAAAAAACGUUAUUUUGUUAUUGGUGAUGAAAAAGACAUAUACACUUUGGAAAACCUUCGUCUAUAUUAUAAGAAGAAUUUGGGAAAAACUCCUCACGUUGCCUCAAAGGUUGUUAAUAAUACUGUUGAGACUUCUCAACCUGAUAUCAAAGAAGUCAAAGAAAAUGGUUCUCCAAGUCCUAAACAUGUUCUUGCUACAAACUGUGCUCACGCUACCAAAACGGGGAAAGGCCUUUUAUAUUAUUUCAGAUCUAAAUCUAAAGAACAUCUUAAAGAACCUCACGGCAUUAUUAACUUAAAAGAUGUUAAAGAUGUUAUAUCUCUCACUAGUAUUGGAGGAAAAGAUAAUUGCUUCAAAAUAAUAACUGAACAUCGUGAAUACGAAUUACAUGCCGAAAAUGAAUUGACCAAAGAACGAUGGAUAAAUACCAUCAAAGAAAAAGCCGAAGAAGCAAAGAAUAAUCCUAUUGUUGAAGAUGAAGGUUAUCAAGCUGUUUUUAAUCAAGUUGUUGUCGGUCGUAUUGAAAAGGAAUCAGUAGCUUCUGAUUCUGAAAAUUGUACUUCUGGCGAAGAAGAUGAGACGAAACGUGUUCAUGGCCGUAAAUACUGGUUUUUUAAUAAGAAAACUGAAACUACUCCCUUAACUAAUACCACGGCUAUUACCGAAAUCACCGAAACUGGUGAAAAUGCUGAUACAACAGCUACCACUGAAGAAACAACAACAACAAGGUCUGCAGAAGAUACAAAACAUGAAGAGGAGCACCAUAAAAAAGGGAAACUAUUUAAUGUUAACAUAAAUAUAUUUAAAAAGACCACCGAAAAAGCUGAGGUCAAGACAGGCGAUGAAAUAAAACCUGAAGAAACUAAAGAAAUUAAAGAAACUAAUGAAACUUCCGAUGCUGAUACUAGUACUGCUGCAGAAACUUCUACCCAAGCAGACAAGAUCGAAGAGUCUAGAGAAGAGAAAACACCUACCGAUGAACAAGCUACCACCGAAGUUUCUUCUGAACAAAUUGAAAAUGUGACCGAAACAAUGAAACCCCCAUUAGUCCCACUGAAACUAAAGCCGAAGAAAACUGAGAAGACUGAAGAUGUGACAGAUACUGUUACCAAAACUGAAACUCCCGAUGUAACCAACGAAACAGUUGAAACUGAAACUAGAGAAACUAAAGAAACAGAUGAGAAUACUCAUUCAAAAUCCCAUGGUUUUUUGGGAUUCUUUUCCAAAGGUAAAGAAAAAGCUGAUACUAAAGUAGAAACGGUAGAAGAAACCCAAGUUGAAGUAGUAAAGGAAGAAGUUAAGGAGGAAAAAGAUGUAAAGGAGGAAGUUAAGGAGGUAAAGAUUGAAGAACCUGAAGGUCACUCCAGUACAACGAAAAAGAGUGGUGGUAAUAAAGUAAUGCGUAGAAUUACUCAAGUAUUCAAAAGAAAGGAAAUUAUUAAUCGAGAGACAAGUGAAGAUUCAACAACUGAAGAAAAAGUUGAUGACAGUACAGCUCCCAAAGUUGAAGAAUCAACAACAGAUAAAGUGACAGAAGUAAAAGAAGAAAUCACAGAAUUAACAGUAGAAACAGAAGAAAAGAAAACAGAAGAAAAGAAACCGGAAGAAAAGAAACCAGAAGAAAAGAAACCAGAAGAAAAGAAACCGGAAGAAAAGAAACAACAAUUCUUCAAGAGAAUGAGUAAGAGACAGCCAUCACAAACUGAUGAUAUAAAAACAACUGAAAAGGUUGAAGUAACAACAAAAGAAUUAACAGUUGAAUCAGCUGUCGAAGCAACGGACGCAGAUGAUAUACCUGGGGAAUCCGAAAAUGUUAUAUUAAAAGAAAUACCCGACUCUAUCAAACAUGGACGCUUACAAAAACGUCGUGGAUUAAUACCGCAAUUUACACAGAUAUAUUUAGUAUUCACUAAAGAAGGGAAACUAAAUUAUUAUCCCAGCGAAAAAUCCACAUCAGAUUGCAAAUCAAUUGAAAUUAAAAAGGAUACCCAUAUUAAAGAAAUUGAGGGUAUGAAGCCCUUAUUUGAGAUUGAAACAAAAUCAAAAACUCAUAAAUUCCUUGCAACAUCCGUGGAAGAGCGAAAAGAAUGGAUUAAAGUACUUGAGGAAUACAAAAAAGCACUUCCAGAACCAGAGGAGGAUAGAUGUAUAAAAAUCAAUGAACUUAAAGUUCCAACAUCAACUGGUGAAUCUAUGUUAGAAGAAGUAGUUGGCGCUGCAGAUGUUGCAGCUACAACUGUCGCUGAUACAACAGUUGUCACAGAAACAGAAGAAAAGAAAGUUGGAAAUACAGUUGAAAAAACGGUCGAGGAAACAGUUGAAUCAACAGUCGAAGCAACAGCUGAAAAAACAGUUGAAGAAACAGCCGAGGCAAUAGUUGAAGAAAAAACAGUUGAAACCACAGUUGAAGGAAAAUCAGGUGAAGAAAAACCAGUUGAAGCAGUAGUUGAGUUGUAG